UCGUACGCGUGCGGUCGUUUAGACGGUUGUCGGGUUUCUUUUAUAUUUGAUAAACUCGGUGUUUUUAUUUAAUUGUUUUUUUUUCGGUUGUUGUUUUAUUUAUAAGAGCCCGGCAUUUUUUCAAUUUCUACGUUUUCGUAUUGUUUGGUGCCUUUUGUGUAGAAUUUUUGGGUUUUUGCUAAUUAAAUUUAAUUAAAAAAGUUGUUUGGUUAAAGUAAAAAAAAAUCUUCAUUUAAAUGGUGUCUCGUGUUGAUGAUGUUUAUAAUUUAAGCAAACAUUUGUGGUGAAAAAAAAAGAAAUAAAUGCUCCUUGAAAAUAAACAACCGGUUCCUUUAGGAAAAAAACUAAGGGAUUCAGGAAAAAUUAAAAAAUUUAAAGUGCAAAUGAAAUUUAAUAAAAAACCAAGGAAAAAUAAAAAAUUAUCAGUUGCAAAAGCAGAGCAAUAAAUUUAAUUUUGGUUUUCUUUUUUUUUUAUAAAGAAUUAAUAAAAAAAGUUCUGCCGUGUAUUUGUUUUUUUUUUUUUUUGUUGUUCUUGUUGAUUAAAACAAACGAAAAAAGUUAGUGUCGGCAAAAAUGUUGUGGAAAAAGAAUGAAAAAUAAAGUAAAUUGUGCAAAUUAUGAUUAUGAUUGUUGUUAUUGUGAUUACAACGAUGUUGAUGAUAAAGUUAAUUAUGUUUUGAUUAAGUCUAAUAAAUAAACAUUUAUCAACAUAAUUUAAAAAAGUAUAAAAACAACAAACAAAAGCCCAAGUGUCAAUUAUUAUUUGCAAAGGGAAAGAAUUUUUAACAAACAACAACAACAACAAAUAAAUAAAUGAAAAGAAAAUAAAAAACAACAAUUUAUUAAAAUAAAAAUAAUAAACAAAACAACAAAAUUACUCGUAAACUAGUGCCAAGAUCAGUGUCAGCAGUCUAUGUAUGAAUUGAAGAACAAAAAAAAAAAAGCACAAAAAAGAAUCAGCAACAUCAUUGAAUAUACCAGCAAAUUUAUCAACAACAACUAACCAAACGACAGCAGCAGCAAUAACAACAACAUCAUCAUCACCAACAGACUGACCACAUUGCGUGACAGUGCAUCAUGCAGCAGUGUUAGUUGUGUGUGUUGUUGUUUUUUCGCAUUUUUUUUUAUUAUCACUGAAUUUCCCCACAUGUUCUUCAAUGCAUUCUUCCUAUUCGUCUGUCAUUACCACUACAAUUACCACAAUCACCACCAGCAGUAGCAGCAGCAGCAGCAAGAAAAAACAGCAACACCAGCAGCUAUACGUUUAAAAUGCGUCGUUCCAGUUUAAGUCGUAAUCAUUAUUUUGUCAUUGGUCUGUUUUUGGGUUUGGUCUUGUCAUUUUAUGUACCUCAAGACAUCUGGGAAUUGGUACAGCAAGAAGAAUGUCCACAACAGGUUGCUGAAAAUAGUUUAAUAGAAAAAUUUGGCCAGGAAUUCGAGCCACAUUUGAACUUGAUUAACAAACCGUUGGCAGCUAAAAAACCGGUGAAAAAUGUCAUUCGUCCCCGCUAUUAUUCCUCCGAAUUGGGUAUUCGUGAGAAAAUCUUUAUUGGUGUCAUGACAACCCAAGACAACAUCAAUACAUUGGCCACAGCGAUAAAUCGCACAACAGCUCAUCUAGUGAAUAAAAUUAAAUUCUUCAUCAAUGCCGACAAUGUUAAAACCAAUUACAAAUUAAAGAAUAUUGUUGGUUUCACAGACACACGGGAAAAUCUGCGACCAUUCCAUGUCAUCAAAUACAUUGCAGAUAAUUAUCUAGACGAUUAUGAUUAUUUUCUAAUCAUACAAGACAACGUUUAUGUGGAUGCACGAAAAUUGAAAGAGAUGUUGUAUCAUAUGAGCAUAACAUUUGAUCUAUAUAUGGGAGCAACUGCUGAGAGCAGUUACAGCAGCUAUGGCGUCAACAAUAACGCGGGUAGAGAUGGGGUUAUGGCGGCGGCCGCUUUGUCUGGCAAUGUAAUUGAUGGUGAUAGUAAUGCUGGCGGUGUUGAUGCUGCCGCUGCUAGUAAUGAUGAGUUUCGUAUGUUAAGCGAUCGUAAUUACUGUGAUUUAAAUGCUGGCAUUUUAUUGAGCAGUAGUGUUAUACGCAAAAUGCGCAACAAUUUAGACUGGUGUGUUCGGAAUGGCAUCACCAAUGUUCAUAGUAUUAAUAUUGGUCGCUGUGUUAAAUAUUCCAGUAAUUUACCGGGUUGCCAGGAAAAGUUUCAG